CCAAGGAGGGGGAGCAGGGCAGGCUCAGGAGGGGCAGCAAGGCUAAGGGUAGGGACAGCCUCUGGGGUCCAGCCAGGCUGGAGGAGAUGGCAGCUGCAGGGCUGGGGUAGCUCUGGGGGCUCAGCACAGGCAGGGAGCUGCUGGGGCAGGGCCAGAGCAGGCCACAGCCAUGCUGGCAGGGCUGGCAGCCCUCUGCUGGCAGGCCAGGCUGGCACAGCUGGGGGUGCCCAGCCCGGAGCAGGCUCCAGGGACACCUUGUGGGGGCCUGGCAGGGCUGGAAGGGGCCCAGGAGAGAGCUGGGCACAGAGGUUGGAGCAGGAGCUGCUGGGGCAGGCCAAGGGGGAGGCUUUGGAAGUCAACAUGGAGAGGUUUGGCUCCUGAGCACAGCUCCAGCCCCCAGCACCCCCCAGCGCCGCCAGCACCAUGGUGCAUUGGACAGCAGAGGAGAAGCAGCUCAUCAGCAGCGUCUGGGCCAAGGUCAACGUGGAGGAAUGUGGUGCUGAGGCCCUGGCCAGGCUGCUGAUUGUCUACCCCUGGACCCAGAGGUUCUUCUCCUCCUUUGGCAACCUCUCCAGCCCCACUGCCAUCCUUGGCAACCCCAAGGUGCGAGCCCAUGGCAAGAAGGUGCUGACCUCCUUCGGGGAGGCCAUCAAGAACCUGGACAACAUCAAGGCCACCUACUCCAAGCUGUCUGAGCUGCACUGUGACAAGCUCCACGUGGACCCUGAGAACUUCAGGAUCCUGGGAGAUAUCCUCAUCAUCGUCCUGGCUGCUCACUUCCCCAAGGACUUUGGCCCUGCCAGCCAGGCCACCUGGCAGAAGCUGGUAGGGGUGGUGGCACAUGCCCUGGCCCACAGGUACCACUGAAGCUCCUGGAGACACACAAGGGUCUGAAGCCCUCAAUAAACCAAACAUCUCCUCCA